AUGUGUAUGACGAAUUCGGAGAACACCUUCCUCCGCCCCACCAUCAAUUUCCAUGUUCCCGCCACCUCCAAAAUUUCCCACAAAUAUUUCGAGAGCAAAUUCCAUGGCCUGCCUCCUCUCAAAAGAUUCAGGCUGAUACAACAAGAACAAAACCAAGACCACAAACCAUCCACGAAAAAUCCAGAUUUUGUAGAAAAUAACACGACCCCUAUAUGCCUUCCCGCCAAAAAACGUAAAGAGUGCCGAGAUUCGCCGCCGCUUCCUCCCAUCUCCACUACUUUCUGUCUGCCGGCCAAGAAGAGGAUCUGGGCUAUUCACCCAUUCGACCUCAACCUCGAAUACGAACCACCCAUCGAUGCCGAUAAACAAGAAAUCAGGCCAAAAGAGCUGGAGAAAUCACCAGAAGCCCACAUUCAAGAAGAUGGAAUCAACGAUGGAGUUGAAAAAUCUGUGGGAGAAGACACAGAAACAGAAGAAGACGGCGUGUGUGAAGACGACGAUGACGGAAUCGUCUGCGCCGUAUGCGAUAGCACCGACGGGGAUCCCACGGACCCCAUUGUGCUAUGCGAUGGCUGCGAUCUAAUGGUCCACACCACAUGCUACGGUCAUCCCUUCACAAAGGGUAUUCCAGAAGGCGACUGGUUUUGUGCCCAGUGUCUGGAAUCAAAAUCAGCGAGAAGUUCUGCUUCAAAGGCGCAGUUCUCCUGCUGCCUCUGCCCUGUCUCCGGCGGGGCGUUAAAGCCCACAACCGACGGCAGGUGGGCUCAUUUGGUGUGCGCAAUAUAUGUGCCAGAAGUGUUUUUCAUCGACUCGGAAGGAAGAGAAGGCAUUGAUUGCAGUAAAGUGUUAAAGAGAAGGUGGGAGCAAAAGUGCUAUGUUUGUAAAUCCAAGAACGGGUGUGUGAUUGAUUGUUCUGAGCCCAAGUGCUCUUUAUCGUUCCAUGUGAGUUGUGGGUUGAAAGAGGAGCUCUGCAUUGAGUACAGAGAAGGCAAGAACAAGGGGGCUGUUGUUGCUGCUUUCUGCAGAGCUCAUACUGAUCUUUGGAAGAAGCAAGAGCAAACAGGGAAGUUCAAGAUUGUGGCAAGAGAUGAGAACAAGAAAUAGCAGGAAUUUGUUGUAUGUGUUUAAAGGUUCUUUGUUUUUGAGAAUAGGUUUGCAGGAUUAUUGGAAAUGGAAUGGAAUUUUCCAUCAUUUCAGUAGUUUAUAACAGUAGUUUGACUCUGUUUAUGGAGUAGGGAAGUUGCCAUUAUUAUUAUCUUUUUUCUGAAUUUACAGCUACUAAUUUUUUUUCUUUUCUUCACUUGAGCUCCAAAGUGUAACAAAUUGACAAUGAAAUGAUUAGGCUGUCUGCUGUGAUUUUAUCU